UUUCUUGCACAACGGGAUAAAUACAGCAAAUUAACAAGAAGCUGCACAUUCUCUGUCCUAUACAAAGCUAGCUAGAGUCUCUUAUUUGUGUAGCCAGUAUCUCUCUAACUCUCUAUUAAACUGUUCUGAUGGCGUCAAAGGCACCAUUUGGCACUGACUUGCAGCCCGAGUUUAAUGUCCGCGUAGUUGCCGGGAAGCUGAUCCACACUGCACUGACAGCAAACCAAGACAAGACUCUUUCAAUAACCCAAGGCAAGGCCAGAUCUAAAGACUCUUCGAUAAGCGGCACUAUCCAAGCUCGUAGACAGUUGAAAGAAGCCCAAGGGCAUGUUGCAAUGGACAGACAAAGAGAAGGAGUGGGUAGACCCAGAUCAAAGCGUGCUCGAAGCUUGGAUAUACUGCCUAUACUGGAGGAAGGUGCUGUCGAGGCUAUAGAAGAGCCUUCACCUCUAAAAGUUGCCAAUACGGCUCAAAAAACAAUCGGCAAAUCCGAAUGCGUUCUUCCGAGCAUUGUUGUACAAACACCAGCUACCCAACUCUCGACAGAGGACCACGUUGAGCUAUCAGUGGCGAGACUCAGAGCGAAGGAGCUGGUCGCAGUGUUGUUCAAGCCGAUGGUCAACAAGCUGACAGUUGUGGAGGAUGUACGACAAUCGUGCAAUCGAGCUGAUCACUCACACUUUGGUGUACUGAGCAAGGAACUGGUUCUGAACACUUUCAAGAGUCAUGGCAUCAAGAUGUCGGAAAAUGAUUUAUCAAAACUUUGUGAACUGAUUCCAUGCUCAAUGGGAAAAGAUCACGUCCUGUACGAUAAGUUGUGUACUACAAUGGAGCAGAUUCUAAACAAGACAUACACAAACAACUUGGAUGUAGACAGCCUUCAUAACACACUAACUCCUCUCGGAAGCAUUGAAAGUGACAGUUCUAAUAGUCUGACCGAUUAUGAUCUUGGAUGCAGCUUAUCAUUGCUCACUGAUCGAACAAACUUAUUCCGUCAUUCAUCACCCCUUGAAAAGCCACUAAAAGCAAAACCGAAAGUAUCACGCUCACUCAUGACCCACCCCCUGUGUAACAGUUACAAGAAAACCACACCCAAAUUACCUCUCAUCCCUGAAACUGCUGGAAAUCUUAAUGACAAUUCAACGUCCCCUCAAACAAAAACAGCUCCUGUAGACAGAAUUAGUGCCCAAGCACCGUGGCCACUAUCAACGGAGGAGAGAGAAAAUGGAGUCGAGAAAAUGUGCAAUGCCCUCAGGUCAUGUACAGACAGUGAAGGUUUACUGGAAAGUGAUCACGCACAGAGAGUGGUGACGAAUUACAACCUCAUAUACAAGUUGGGAGUCCCCUUUCAUCGAAUCAGAGACUAUUUUAACAUGAACUCACAGCUCAGAGCUGCUGGGGACUUGAGGUCAUACAUUGCAAUCGAACAUUUUCUACGCUACCUACAAGACUCUUAUUCACACGCUUCCUAUUAGUAACCUACAUUAAUUAUUGUUUCUCAUUUUUUAUUUCUUUUUUGUUCAUCUGUCAAUUAAUUAAGCUUUCAUUGUAAGUUGUUUUUAACUAUAAAAGAAGCUUAUAUUAUAAUUAUAAAGAAACCAA